AUGGGAUCCGUCGAAGUUGUAUCGAGCCGACUCGAGUCGUUACCUCCGCGACCACCGACACCACCCCGCGAGACUGGACCUGCUGUUGAUGCUGCCCCCAAGCAUUUCCUUGUCCUGCCUCCUUCCUCCGAUCCUCGAUCGAGUCUGCAUACACCGCCGAAUGUGCACUCGCCCCUCUCCGGUGCCGAUUCGACGAACCAGAGUGUACGAAGGGCAAGGAAACGCGUAGGCUUCUCUGCAAAGGCACAGUACAACGAGGCACCCAUCUACGCCGGCCCCGACUCGAUACACAGGCGGUCGCCGCUGUUGGCAUCGUCGCCAUCUUCAACCCUACCCAAGCCUGUGAAGGGUAUCCUGAAGCAGACUUCUUCGCCGAGCCCUUUGAACAACAGCAUCCAAGCAGACACCUUGGUGACGCUGGCGAACGUUUCAGACAUGUUGGAAUCGACAGUGAAGCAGCUGGCUGGCGCCGACAGGAAUUCGAAGCGGGAUGCAUACUCGACCUUGGUCAUGACGUUGAAGACGUCCAACAAUCUCCCCGAUCGCAUUGCACUGCAGAGCAAGAUGGGACUCUUCGUGCAGUUCAUACAAAGGGACAUCACAUCCAAGAACCCCACCACGGGCGGCCUCGACGUCCCCCUCGUAGAUAACGCCCUCUCACUCCUCGCUACUUUCUUUCACUUCCCCGCCAUUGCCUCGACGAUACCCAGCGAUUUCGGCGUUUUCUUUAUCGACCACUGCAUCCGAUCUUUCGAGGACCCUUUGACACCAAAGGACGUUGCUCGGCACCUUAUGCACUCUGUUGCUACUCAGGACUUCUCUGCGAAGGUCAUGACCUCUGACCGCGUCCGUCGUCUGGUCGCCGCACUGCGCAACAUCGAAGAUCACAUAACCGGCAAGAGCAUUGUCAUGUCGAGAAUCAUGAUCUACCGGAGGCUGGUCCAGCAGACCAAACAACUGAUGGUAGUCCAUUCCGACUGGCUCAACGAUCUCCUGACCGACAUGUUGAGCACCAUCAAGGAUUUGCGGUCUGCAGCAAUCUCUCUCGGCCUCGAAGCUGCGUACACAUUCGGAAGGGAGAAGUCGCUGUCGCGAAAGGUGAUGGAGCUGUUCGAUGCGUCCAUUGAAGAGAUGAAGUUCGCAGAGCAUUAUCACCGAAAGCUCUUUGCUAUGGCCAAGGACAGGGAGGAUAGACAGCUGACUGCGGCUGUUCCCAAGAUCUGGAGCGUCAUCAUCCUCUUCCUGCGCUGCCCGCUCGACCGUUGGCAGUUCUUCAACCAGUGGCUGCAACUAAUCCAAGUAUGCUUCAACAACAACGAGCACCCGCAGACGAAACAAGAGGCCAACUUUGCAUGGAACCGCUUCGUCUGGUCUAUACACACCGAUGGCCAGUCUUUUGUGAAGCUACUUCCCACGUUAUACCAACCGCUCGGCAGCCAGAUCAAGUCAAAGUACACCAGCAAGACCACGCGAGAGGUUGUGUUUGGCAGUCUAUGCAACCUGCUUUACUACACAUUCAGGCCCGGCACGAACCCGAAUCUUAUUGAUACCUACUGGGAUGCAUGCGUGAAGCCUAUCACCAUACCGCCAAAAAUACAGCCGCGAAACCCCGAUAGUGUGGACGAACACAUGCGACAGGCAACUCAGGUGCUCAUCGGAUUAUUCGACUCUCAAACUCAUCGCAUUUGGAGGGAAGAACGAAUCAGGGAGACAACCCUCGCCCGACCCGACGAGCUGCCUUCCAUCGACCCGAAGUGGCUUCGGCGUAAUGCCGCGAACGUUUUCCAGGUCAUGGACCCCAUCAUGGACCGGCAUUUUCUCGAAUUAGCGGACAAGGAAAGUCAGGUGCAUCGAUUAUGGCGGACUUUGGUUGCAGCUGUUGCCUCUGCGGCGUCCAAAGAGAUCAAAGUAUCUGCUGACACCACGGCCUUCAUCUCGCAAAUGUACGGCCUCCUGAUGAAGCAUUGGGAGAUUGGCCUCAGCGAAAUGAAGGAACCCGACUCAGAGACAGCAGCUCGGUUUCUGGGAAGCGCACGCGAGCUCAUCACCGUCACGGUAGAAGCUCUAGGCCUCUUACCGUUCACCGAAAAGAUGAUUUCCCUCGGACGUCUCAAUACCUUCACACCUGUCUCGACUCCUUCCCACAAGCCUGGAAAGAAUUCUGGAGAUGCUAGGACACCUCUCCAUCAUCUUUUCGGUCUGGUUUCGCGACUUCCCCCAGGUAUUCCCGACAAUGAGGACUUUCUAGAGUUCUUCCGCGCAGUCUUCACACCAUUCUUCACGUCGAAAACACCAAAAGCUCGUUCAGAUCUCGCUCAGGAAUUGCUAUCAGUGCCUCCUAGCUGGUCGCCUGCGAUCGCUCACAUUCCUUACGCACCAUGGGUAUUUGCGUCUGAGUGCUUGGCCGCCACUUUCAAUAUGUCACAGAGCAGCGUCCAAACGGUGAGCUCGACCGGCGAACCCAUUCUUGGCCACGAGUACCGCGCGAUAACACGACUUCUUGAGAAGGGAUGGAAGGAAACAACGAAUUUGCCUUGGCAGCACUGGUGCUCUCUCUUUACGCUGCUAUCCAACAGAUCCGGCGAGGAGGCUGGCGAGGCCGGGCGGGCUCUCGGGGCGAUCGAGCCACUUGCGAAGGUUAUCCGCGAAACCGUCCCCGCAGAUCGUGCUGUGCCAGUUUCUUCAAAAACAGUCAUGGCGGCAGCGGAGCUGCUCUCCGUUGCUAACCAACCUGUCGACCGACAAGCUGUCGAAGCUGCCCGACGACGAUUGUGGGGCACAGCUGUCACCGGUUCGAGGUCGUCGUCCUUUGACCCUUUUGACAACCUAUACAGGCUGACCGCUGAUUUACUGGAGCGCCUCUAUGAAGCCGGCGAACGCGGCAGCCUCGACGAUUCAGUCAGUGGUUUCAUCAGGGAAAUCAGCGGAUUCCUCUCCCGAUGCAGACCAGAGCUGGUCACGAGAACAGUGGCUAACUUAGAAACCGGUCUUGCCAUGUGGAUUCGUGACUCGCAGGGCAUCCUCAAGACCAGCCAGAGCCCUGCGCCGUCAGAAGCUGUCAAGACACUAUGGGACACCAUUUGCAGGAUCAUCUUCUCUGGCAACAAGCCCGAGGAAAUUCAACUCGACGUCUUUGGGGAUCUGCUCUGCGCCGCCUUUGAAAGCAAGCACCGUCACAUUGUCAACUCGGUCUCAGAGGCAUGGAAUCGCAUUUACGAAAACGCCGAAAGUGUCCAAUACCCUGAGCAUCUCAAGGGAGUUCUUCUUUCUGUGCAACCCAUGGUGGACAUUAUUUUGCCGGGUCUGGAAACUACCAGCGUGGUCUCAUCAGAGCAAAACCGCUCCUUUGUGGAAUCCCAGGAUGAUAUCGACAUGCUCAGCGUUCAAUCGACUCGCUCGUCUCGCAAGAAGCUUCGAUCUACCCCCAUCCAGUCAUCUCCCCUCAGCUCGAUUAAGCAAUCGUCUGUAAAACGACAGGCCAAUAACGUGUCUAAGAGGACGCGUGGUAAGACUCGCGCCCCGACCGCCCGAUUAAGGCACGACGACUCCCAGAUUCAAUUCGCACCCAUCGAGAAAUCGCCACUGAACCCAAAUGCGAAUGCAGAGUCUCAGGUCCUUACUGAACGUCAGAAGGAGAUUCGAGAAAGGCAGAAGGAUACGUCGGUCAUGUUCCCCGAGAUGCGCUCCAGUCCUGCGCCCCAGCCCAAAGAAGCGGCGCCUACCAAGUCUGACGUCGUGGUUGAGAAGGGUCCCGAAACUCCCAAGGACGUUACGCCUUCGCGCAGUCAGAGAUAUGAAGACUACGUCACUUCGACCCCGACCCCUAGACGGGGCCAAGCACUUGCCAUGGCCGAGAACGAUCAGGACAUGACGGACCCGCCAUCGUCGCCUCCCGAGCCUCGCCCCUUCCCUCUGCUCACCCAAAUCAAGUCACGGUCUAGUAGCCGCAGUGAACUUGAGGAUUGGCAUUUUAGCUCGUCGCCCGUUGCUGGCUCUCCUUCGGCCGAAGCUGCGACACCAACCGACGAACCUACCGAGCUCGACAUUUCGAAUCAAGACGUUCCCCAGGAAGAGACCAGAUCGGCCAGCCCAGACCUGUCGGCUGCAGUUGAUGAUUCCUUCCAGAUGAUUCCUUCCAGCGCCGUUGAACCUGAGCUUCCGCCCUCUGUCUUCGAGACCGCAAAAGAGGCUCAAGAGCCUGGACAGGACGCCGGUCUCGCUGACGAGCUGGAUAAUACCCCGUCCACUCCUCGGAACACUCGCACGAUUGAUGAGCCCGGAUCUGGAACUGAGGUCUUCGUUGAUGCGCCGUCCAGUCCGGCGCCUAACGUCAAGACCCGUUCCGCCUCUCGGAACGCCGCCAACCGAUCUUUCGAAAUGAGCGACGGCGACGAAAACAGCAUGCUUCGACUUGUGGUGGAGCUCGACCGUAGGCGGUGCGACCUCCCGAUCAACGACUACCCAGCUGUCUCGCCUCCCAAAGCUAACAAAACCCCCAGAAGCGCCAAGAAGGAGAAGUCCGACGUGCUUGACUGCAUCACCGUCGGCGGUGACGAUGACGAUGACGAGGAGGAAGAGGAAGAAGACGAGCCAGCAGAGCUUGCCCUGUCCCAGCCCGAGACCCGUUCGCGGAAGAUAAAGUCUCGCUCGCCCGCAGAGCCUGCUACCCCUGCAAACAACUCUGCCGCUUCUUCUCCAGACAAGUCAGGAAAGAAGCGUAAGAGAGGCGCCUCCAAGUACGACACGCGUCGCAAGAAGCGACGCUCCGUCGAUAACGCCGAGGAAGUCGCAUCCUCGCAGCCCGAGGCGUCACGGAGGUCCUCUCGUCUCGAGGGACACUCUCAGGAGAUCCAGUCUGCGCCGCCCGACACCCCCUCGCGCCGCUCCACUGGGUCGAGAAGCGACGACUACGAAGCCGAAGUCCAGUCCCAGGUGGUCUCCGAGCUGCAAGAGGCCGACAUCCGCGACAGCCAGUCCCAAGACCAACCCGAGGACGAGCCGCUGGCGCCCGCCUUCCAAGACUCCAUGGACGUCGACACUACCGUUCAGCCCGAACCUCAGCCCGCGGUCGAAGAAGCAUCCGCCCGAGACGUCGACAUGCUCGACACCCUCGGCAGCGUCCUCGCCGAACUCCGCUCCGCGAAGCUCACCCGCGACGAGGUUCACAGGAUGGAGGACGUGCUCAUGGACAUCAAGCGCGAGCUCUACGCCGCCGAGGCGCGCGGAAGAGCUUAG